AUAAUGCCAUUGGCGUUCAUUAGACAUGAGCACAUUCGCCAAGUAGAGACACGUGCCGAACACAUAUUAUUACUUUAAUUAAGUGUUGAACCAGUGACAAUGUUUCAAGUACCUAUAACUUUAAACAGUGUAAACAUUAUUUUAUAAGUAGAAAGAUAAGUAAGUUACUUAUCAUGAAAGUUAUAUCAAAAAACUGUGUUGACGUCCUCAAUAUGUGUUUACAUUUCAACAAAAACUGUGCAAAUAUUAAAAAGUGCAAUAUUUAUAACAAUUUAGACACAGAAGAUGUCAAUUAUCAACAAUCAAUACUGCAGUGAUCCAGGAGCGGUGAUUUUCGGAAAAAAUGAAAAUUCGACUGUAUCAGUUUCGACGUUAAUCGGCAGUUCUGUUGGAUUAUUGAUAUCGAUUAUCGCAUUCAUUAUGUUGAUAAUGACAGCGGUUCUCUUCAAAGAAUGGAGAGAAAGCAGGAAGAAUCAACUUCUCAUACAAUUUAUGAUCGCGAGGAUAUUUUAUAUAACCGUGAGGUACAUCAUAGACUUUAGAAAUCAUUUUUACGCACAUGAAGCUCGUUGUGUCUUGUAUCUCGACUUUAUAUGCUUAGUGUACACAGAAUAUGCUCUGAUCUGUUGGAUGUUCAUAUUUAGCAUGAAAUUGAACGAUUCUCUAGUAAAAGUGUUCAAUACAUCCGAGUCGCCUUUAUGGAAGGUAUCGUUGGGUACUUGGCUUAUACCAGCAUUUGUGACUGCGUUAUUAUGGAUCUCUUUUACAAUGCAAACCGAUAGGGAAUUGUUGUUUUUCUUACUGUAUUUACUUUUAUUGAAAUGGCCAGUGUUGUGUGCUAACGCCAUUUUCUUGAUAACAGCAUUAAAUGCAGUCAUUCGAUCGAAUAUAAGCAAAUCAGAAAAUAAUGUGAAAAUAGUUUUAGUGAUGCUUAUAUUAAUUUUCGGUUUCAGCUUACAACAAACCUUAAUUGACAUAUAUAAAAUAGUACAUUUGUUAAUAAUCGAUUAUUACGUAACAUUUUAUCUGAACAUAAUUAACAUAAUAAUGAUUUAUCAUUGUGCGUUCUCUAUAUUAUUUUGGUUAUUUGGAAACGCUAAAACGAGAAAGUUGUGGAGACGCGAGAAACCAAAACUGCCAACUUCUAGCGAACUCAAUUUCAGAAUGUCUAUACAAUAGUGAAUACAGAAGUAUUAUCAAUUAUACGUGUAUUUUUAAUUAGAAUUUCCCUUAAAAUUUUAAAGACGAAGAUUUAAAAUGGUAAGCGACUUAAACUAGAGAAUGAGUUCCUAUGUU